AUGGAGAGGUUGGAGAUGGAGAAAAGGCUUCUUGAUGCUGCCUUAGAAGGCGAUGAAAAAACUCUAUAUGAGUUGCUUAAAGAAGACAAACUGGUGCUUCAUAGAGUUUCUCCUUCUUGUCCCAAUUUCAAUCCUAUACAAAUAGCAAUAAUUCGAGGGCAUCAAAGAUUUGUUGAAGCAAUUUUGGAUCAUAAUCCUGAGCUAUUGGGGAACCUUGAAUAUUCAGGUAAAAAAUGGUCGUCCCUUCACUUGGCAUCGGUUAGAGGUCAUCCGAGAAUUGUUGAAGCAUUGGUAAAUGCUAAUCCUGAUAUGUGUUUCGAUUGUGAUCAAGAUGGAAGGAACCCUCUUCAUGUUGCUACCAUGAAAGGCAAAGUUGGAGUGUUGGAACUGUUGGUUCAUGCAAGGCCUUUUGCAGCUCGGGAAAAGACUAAACGUGGGGAGACCAUCUUGCAUUUGUGUGUGAAGUAUCAUCAGUUCGAAGCACUGAAGAAGGUGGGGGAGGCCGUGGAUGAUGAUGAAUUCUUGAAUCAAAAAGAUGGUAAAGGCCUUACCAUAUUGCAUUUGGCUGUUAUUGGCAAGCAAAUUGAUGUACGACAAUGUUAG